UGAAGCUUCCGCAUUGGGUUUACACAAAAAGCUCUGUGUAUUUACAAUUGUAAUACCGUGUAAAUGUAAUCAACGACAUUGAUUGGUUGAAAAAAUACGAGACUGAAACAGUUUAUUUCGCCACCUAUCGUCGACAUUGAGCAGCGUUAAAGUCAUCGCUUAAUAAUAAAUUGAUCAUUUCAAUCAAUGGCUGCUACGGCUCCUUUGUUGGAAUCAACUGUUCCAUUCAAUGAAGAUGAUAUCAAUUAUAACGGAAGGAUAUUACAUGGAUUUGUCAGCCAUCCCUAUGUGACAUUUUUACACAUCGCAUUCCGGGCGUCUGCAAUAGUAACAUAUUUGUUCUGUGGUUGGUUUAGUGAUAGUUUUGUAAAAUGCUUUGUUCCCGUGGUUCUCUUAUUGUCGACCGAUUUCUGGACAGUAAAGAAUAUUACCGGUCGCCUACUAGUUGGACUACGUUGGUGGAACUACGUAGAUGACAAUGGAGUUUCGCACUGGAUAUUUGAGUCAAAAAAUGCAACUCAAUCGAUGAAAAUUAAUAGCUUGGAGAAACGUGUGUUCUGGAUUGCGCUCGUGGCAUGUCCAGUCAUAUGGGCGUUUUUCUUUAUUGUUGCUUUGUUUGGUCUCAAAUUCAAGUGGUUGCUUUUGGUUAUUAUAGCGCUUGUGCUGAAUGGAGCAAAUCUUUACGGAUAUAUUAAAUGCAACUUUGGAUCUACAGCUAACAUUAGCAACAGUACAAAAGAUUUCGUUAAAAGUCAAGUUUUGAAAAACGCAGUGAAUUUCAUGGCUUCUACAAACAAGAACGAUGCUGCUGCCAACAACAUAAAUAAGCAAGCUAAUUUCAAACCAACCAACACUGUAUAAAUAACAAGACACAUUGUCUGUUCAAUGUGAACUGCACUUUUAAAUCCAACAGAAUGGAAUUGUUUUUUAGCGAUACUACUGCAAAUAACGAUUGAGUACACAUUCUUAGCUUGCAAACAAUACGACUAGGUCACUGUUAACUAAAUAAACUAAAUAAAAAUAAAAUAAAUACCGCAAAUUUCCAAAAUA